AUGCCUAGAAACAGGAUCUUAAUAGAUUAUAUCUACAAUGAUGGUGCUAGACUCAAAUGUUUUGCUUACAGGUACCCCACUCUCUUCAACAAGUCAAUUGAAUGUGCGACUUACAGUGCAUAUUUAAUAAAGGUCUUAAUAUCUUAUCAUGGAACAAUUCUUCAUGAAUUACAACUGUCUCGAGAAUAUCUUGCUGACAACACGUUUACCCCUACUGGUUCAAUGCUUCAUGAAAUAAUUGAUCUAUCAGAAGAAAGUGCCAAUGAAGAAGGUUUAGAAGAACAAUCAUCAUUAGGUAGAGAAAGAAAUGGAAACAAAAACAAACUUCCACUUCAGUAUAUACAAGAUCCUGCAAAACAAAAGUUAUACGGCGGACGUAGUAAAGAUAAUUUACUAAAAAAGUCGGAAGAAUUGGCAAUAUUAUUUGGAUUGAGUGUUACUGUUGGAAGUGAAUCUCAAAGUGAAUCACAAAACUCAAGUCAAAAUUUAGUUGAAUUUAGUUCUUCUCAAUAUGAAAAUCAAAAUACUGUCGAUGUUACAGCUGGUGAUGUUAGAGCCGUCGAGACUCCUGAUGAAACCAAAAAUACAACUAAUAUUAGUACAAAUACUAAUAAUAAUUCCAAUUUUAUUAACGGUUCUGGUAUCGUGGAAGUAAUUGAUCAAGAUGAAACACCCAAUACUGCAAAUGAUAUCAAUGAUAGCAUCAAACAAGAUGCAGCAUCUCCUUUUCUUGAUUUAUCAAAUUGGUUUAAAGGCGGUAGUAGAGGUAGUAAUACUGAUAUAUCUGAAAUAGAUUCUAAUAGGGACGACCAAGAAGAAUUCGAUGACAAUAAUAAUACACUUGAACAAGCAGCUAUCUCGAACCAGUAUGAAGAACAUAAUCCACACGGAAAUUUAGACAUUCGUCAAGAAAAGCUGUCAGAUGUGUUACAUGAAGAUCCAAAAGGUAUUAUAAUUUAUGAAGAGUCGGGGUCUUUUUUUGGGGAACAGCUUUCACCAAAGAUCCAUUUUAAAUAUCUAACAAAUGAUGAAAGGGAGGCUUUCUUAGAAAAUAUUAAUGCAGCUACUUUUGAAAGUAACAGUUCUAGAAAUCUAUAA